AUGUUUGAAGGCGGAGUUACUAAUAAUGUUGAGGGCGAAGUUUUUAAUUUUUUGAACAAUAGCAAUAGUAAAAGUAGGAGAGUAAUAGGUAGUGAUGGGGACGGGUGGCAAGAUGAGGGGGCAGUUGGCGAGGAGGUGUUUUUGCAGCGCGCUUUAGCAGCCGUCAAGGCUGCAAGCCAGCGCGGUGACGGUGUUGUGGAGAUGGAAGAACGAGAAUGGCAAGCAUGGAAACUUCACGAGUCCAUUGAGCGUGAAGUGGAAAAACGGGUUGUUGAACGGGAGAUUGAACGAGAAACGCAGCGUCAACGAGACAUGGCAAGAGCCGAGGAAUUGCAACGAGAAUUAGACGAAUUACGACGGAGCGGCGCUCUCGAUCCUCCUGUUAGAGGGGAACCAGGAUUCAUGGUUGAUCAAACAUUCACAGGACUUGGGGGACCUCAAUCUUUUUAUUCGUCCAACUCUUCGUCGUCGUCCUCCCUCGCAAGGCCUGGGCGGCAGCAACGGUUCAUGCCUGAUUCCACCGAUCCUCUAUAUGCGCAGGGUCUCCGCCCUACUCCAAAUCGCGAAUCCUCAUACUCGCCUUCAUCAUUUCGCGGCCAACAAGCAUCACCCGCGCACUCUCCCAGCUAUUUCCCUUCUACCAAAUCCUCUCCAACGCCGUCUACUGUGCCGCGCCGUUCGAGUUCACGAUCAAGCUCAUUGACUCGCGACAGCAAACACACCCGCAAUUCUUCAAGCUCCACUCCCACUAGUGCAGAACUUGCGCCAGGGGGAAGCUACUAUCCCGGCACUCAUCCCAGCAUCCCAAGCUCCUCAAGUAAGAGGGCUAAAGGUGGUAGGGAGAGUGACGGAGAAGACGUGUAUUCGAGUGCUAGUGCGCAGUUGAAGGACGCCCGGAGAAGGAGGAGGAUAUAG